CACUUUAACAGUUUACAGCCCCCCACCAAACGAUCAAACAUCGUCCCAGUCGUUGAUCAACCUCGAAAAAAGGCCCCACAGUUGACAAUAACGACAAUAACGCCACGAUGCUGGACGCUGACGAUUUUAUCAAGGAGCGCGGAGGUGACCCAGAGAAAAUCAGGGAGAGCCAGCGACGACGUGGCGCCCCUGUUGAGAUCGUUGACGAGAUCAUCACCCUAUGGCAGGAAGCCCGUGCUGCCCAAUAUGAAUUCACUCGAAUCGGCACCGAAAUAAAUGGCGUCCAGAAACAAAUUGGCCUGAAGAAGAAGGCCAAGGAGAACGCGGACGACCUUCUCCAACAGAAGGAUGAUUUGCAAAAAAAGAAGGCCGCACAGGAGGCCAUUGCUGCCUCGAAACACAGCGAACUCCAGAUCAAGGUUCGCACCGUCGGUAACUACGUCCACGAGACUGUCCCGGUUAGCAUGACCGAGGAUGAGAACUCCACCAUCCGCACGUGGGCGCCCGAGGGAUUUGAUGAAACCCGGAAGCCGGCAUUGUCACAUCACGAGGUCCUCUGGAGGCUCGAUGGCUACGAUCCUGUGAGGGGUGUGAAGCUUGUUGGGCACCGGGGCUACUGCUUGACGGGCUAUGGCUUUUUCCUGAACAUGGCCCUGAUCAACUAUGGAGUGGAGUUCCUGUUCUCGAGAGGCUAUACACCGAACCAACCGCCCUUCUUCCUGAACCGCGAACAAAUGGCGAAGACAGCCCAGCUCUCGCAGUUUGACGAAGAACUUUACCGCGUUUCGGAAGGCGCUGAUAAUGGCGAGUCUGAUCGGUACCUGAUCGCCACCAGUGAGCAGCCACUCUCCUGCCUCCAUUCCGAGGAAUGGCUGCAGCCCAGCCAAUUGCCGAUUAAAUACGGCGGCUACAGCACCUGCUUCCGCAAGGAAGCCGGUAGCCAUGGACGGGAUGCUUGGGGUGUGUUCCGCGUGCACCAAUUCGAAAAGGUCGAGCAAUUCAUCCUGUGCAAGCCUGACGAGAGCUGGCAACACUUUGACGAGAUGAUGGCCGUCUCUGAGGAGUUCUACCAGUCUCUUGGUCUGCCUUACAACGUUGUCGGCAUCGUCUCCGGGGCCCUAAACAACGCGGCGGCGAAAAAGCAGGAUCUGGAAGCGUACUUCCCCUUCCAGGCCGAGUAUAAAGAGCUCGUCUCCUGCUCCAAUUGCACAGAUUACCAAACCAGGGAGCUUGAGAUCCGCUUCGGUGUCAAAAAGGGGAAGAACAUGGUAGGAUCGGGGAAGAAGGAAUACGUCCACGCCCUGAACGCCACAUUGUGCGCAACCGAGCGGACCCUCUGCUGCAUCCUGGAGAACUACCAGACCGAGGAAGGAUUGACUGUUCCAAGUGUUCUGAGGAAGUAUAUCCCUGGCCAACCCGAGUUUAUCCCCUUCGUAAAGGAGGCCCCGGAGCGGACUGAGAAGACCCCCCUCCCUGCGAAGGGGAAAACGGCCGCAGGAAAUCCGCUGCCAGUCCGCGAGAAAAAUUAGCUUAGGAAAUGGUUACAUAGGUGGCCAAAGAUAGUCAAUGCGACGAAGUUGAUGGAUUAGCAUCUCGAUCAAACAGAGCAGCAGCGUAUGCAUGCACAUGACAUUUCAGGUGGGGGGAAAAAGGCCAGGGGAGCCCAUGGUUUCUUAUGCCUUUCACAUAUCCCAG